AUGCUGGUGGUCAGUCGUCCUGAUCCCUUUCUCUACCUUCUCCUCCUCCUGCUCUUGGCCCCCCACAGCCUUGAGGGGUGCCAUCCUCCUCAGCGAAGGUUUGAGUACAAGCUCAGCUUCAAAGGACCAAGGUUGGAAUUGCCUGGGGCUGAAAUACCCUUCUGGAGUCUUCAUGGAGAUGCCAUCCUGGGCCUGGAAGAAGUGCGGCUGGCCCCUUCCAUGCGGAACAGAAGUGGUGCCAUGUGGAGCAGGGCCCGCGUUCUCUUCUCUGGCUGGGAGGUGGAGCUGCAGAUGCGGGUGACUGGGCCAGGGCGCCGGGGAGCCCAGGGCAUGGCUGUGUGGUACACCCAGAGCAGAGGCCAAAUCGGCUCUGUCCUGGGGGGGCUGGCCUCGAGGGACGGCAUCGGGAUCCUCUUCGACUCCUCGGCCCAAGAUACUGAGAACAGCCCUGCCAUCCGUGUGCUGGCCAGUAACGGGCAUAUCCCCUACGAGCUGCUUCGGGAUGAAGCCAGCCAGGUGCUGGGCUCUUGCUACCGGGACUUCCGGAACCGGCCAUAUCCCUUCAGAGUGCAGAUCACCUACUGGGGGCAGAGGCUGCGUGUGUCCUUAAACAGUGGCCUCACUCCCAGCGAUCCAGAUGAAGUUUGCGUUGAUGUGGGGCCCCUGCUUUUGGCCCCUGGAGGUUUCUUUGGGGUCUCAGCAGCCACCAGUACCUUCUGGGCAGAUGACCAUGAUGUCUUGUCCUUCCUAACCUUCAGUCUGAGUGAGCCAGGUCCAGAGCACCCACUGCAGCCCUUCCUGGAGAUGGAGCAGCUCCGCCUGGCAAGACAGCUGAAAGAGCUGCGGGCAAGGCUGGCUCUGGGCAUCAGGGAGGACACGAUUCUAAAGCUGAGCUCCAAAGACCAGGAAGAGGGGGAAAGGAUCUAUUACCUGGAGGAGAUACUGGGCAGACACAGCCAGAUCCUGCAGGCUCUCCAGGGUCUCUCCAAGCAGCUAGCCCAGGCUGAGAGGCAGUGGAAGAAGCAAUUGGGGUCCCCGGACCAGACCAGGCCAGAGGGAGCCUGGGCCCAGGACUCCUUCUGCCAGAUUCUAUCCACCCCAGAGAGGAAUGGCCACCUCUCCAGGUCACUCAGUAAGGACUCUGCCAAGGUCAGCACUCUGCUUUGUGGACAGCAGACUUUGCUCCAGGACUUGCAAGAGAUGAGGGAUGCAGCUACUCACAUGGCCUCAAGAGCCAAGGUCUUCUACCUGCCUGUGGGCAUCAAGCAUCAUUUCUUAGAGCUGGACCAGAUUCUGAGCCUCCUGCAAGAGGACCUUCUGGGCCCAGUGAAAGCAUCAACCAAGGACCCCCGCCCACCUGGCCAGCCCCCAGGGACCUCCUCAUGCCUGCAGCCCUACAUCUUCCUGUUCGUCCUCCUCGUUCAGACUGUAGGCUUCUUCUGCUAUGUGCACUUCAGGCAGAAGCUAGACAAGAGACUUCAGGACUGUUUGCACACCGGCCCCUUACCCCCGAGUCCUGAACCAUGUAUCCCCAGGGCCCUGGGGGCUCUGAGGAGGCAUCCCCUCUCCCCCAGCAUGCAUGCAUGACCUACCUCAAA